AUGGCUAGUACUAACACGCCGAAAAAACUCUACGAGAAAAGAACUAAAUCAACUGGUGGUAUUUCUCGAUGUAGAUUGUGUAACUCCGUUACAAACACGAAAUACAGCAAAAAUUUGUAUCGUGCCCAAAAUAGGGCAAUUCUGCAUGACGCUGAAAGUUUUUAUGGGGAAAAGUUGCCUCAAAACGACAGCCUUCCGCACUUGAUAUGCGCGCCAUGUGAACGAAGGCUAAACAACGCCGUUAAAUUUAAAAAGAUCGUUGAGGAAACCCAGCGCGUAUUACGGGGAGACGUCCGUGAAAAACGCUGUAUCGAUAUUUCACCGUCGAUUCAAAAACCACCGACCAAAGUCCGUUCAACCUCUUCAACCGAGAGUUCACGUCGACGCAGCUUAGACUUCACUACUGCCACUGGCGAAAAAACUCUACACGAGAAACCAGAUAGUCAUGUAGGAGUUAGGCCUUUGCUUGAUAAUCAAAUCUUGGUUGAAGCACAUAAAGAGCUGAUUGAAGUUGCCAGAAGAAGCGAUGCUUCUGUUCUGAGGGAAAGAAGCUUUGAUGGCCUUUCAGCAGAGGAUUGGAUGUCAAAGGUGCUUGAUGAGUUAGUCUCUAGAUGUCCAUUUGCACACCAAAUUCUGUCAACUUUGGUUGAAAGCACCAUUUAUCCCGAAAAGAAAUUACCUGCGGUCUGCCUAAUUUAUGGGAUAAUAAUGUUCCUAAGAUGCCAUGAACUCAGCAGAAUUCAAAGGAUCAACUCGGUAUUGUUGAUAGAAGGCCAAGCACCUGUAAAUCUCAUUGCUCAUCUGCAUAAGUAUGGUAUAUGCCUCGAACCGAAAAUGAAGUAUCAAAUACUGGAUGACAUUGGCACACAAUUUUUUACCCAUGCAGCAAAAUUGGUACAGUCUGGCCACAAAUUUGUCUACGUCCUGGACAACAUUGAUUGGGAGGAAAAGGCACAUGACAUGAGACAGGAUGUCCAAAACAAGAGCGUACAUGCAGUGGCAACAAGCAUUGUAUUCAACCGUGUUUCAGACAGAGGAUUACCCGACUCUGGACCUCAGCAAAGCCUGAAGGAUUGCAAUGUCCAUCAGUUGGUGGAUAUCAAUCCACCAGAGUUGGAGGCAAUUCGAAGCCGGUAUAGAAUACUUGUUGCCAAAAUUUUGUUUCAAUACUUCCCUGCUUUUUCAAUGUUUGAACAUUUCAUACCGAAGAGCACUGAAUGUAUGUAUAAACAGGAGAUGUCAACAAAGUCUGAUGUUCUGACAAUGCCAAUUUUAUUAAAAGAUGAAAAGAAGUACUCAGACUGCGUAGAUGUCCUAGACCAACUAGAAAAGUGGACUCAUGAUAUCUACUCAGCUGCUGGAAUUUGUGUAUCAGAACCUGAAUCUUCAAGUGAUGACCCUCCUACAAUCGGAAGCAGGUCAAGACCAGACCAACCUACAUCCCAUGUCCCACCUACUGCCUCUGAUGCUGAUCCAUUGCGUGGUGUGAAAAUACCAUGCUUUGGUGAUCAACUUUCUCGCGUGCGAUUUGCUGGAGCCAAGGAUUUAAGGUCUGGUUGUCAUACGGCCAAGCAGAGACUGGAUCAUCUGUAUCCAUUUUGCAUUGUAGAUUGGCAUACAAAGCGAAGUUUUUUAAAGACGGUUUUCAAAAAACUGUAUAAAAACUCAGGAAGGGAGGGGGCACGCUGA